AUGCAUUUGUCACUGGAUACCAUGAGCAUGGUGGACGACGGCUGCCUCUCACCUGCAAACUUCCACGAGAUGAUGAAGGGGGGCGGGGCGGCGGCAGGAGGGCGGGUCCACAGCAUUGACGUCAUCCUGGGCUUCAGCAAGGACCAGGAUCCCCUGCUCAAUCCCGCGGGGGCCCCUGGACCCCACAAGACGGACUUGGAGGCCCUGGGCAACCCUGGGAAACAGGACUCCCCUCACCCCUACGGACACCUGCCUCCCAUGGGCAACAGCACAGAGCAGCCAGCCUAUCACGACUCGGGCCUCUUCUCCAACAAGUGCGAGGGCGAGCUGGGCGAGCUGCAGAAGGGCGUGGAGAGCGACGGGAAGUCGCCCGACCCGCUGGAGGAGGACCAGCCCAAGAAGAAGCACCGGCGGAACCGCACCACCUUCACCACCUACCAGCUGCACGAGCUGGAGCGCGCCUUCGAGAAGUCCCACUAUCCCGACGUCUACAGCCGCGAGGAGCUGGCCAUGAAGGUCAACCUGCCCGAGGUCCGCGUGCAGGUGUGGUUCCAGAACAGACGAGCCAAAUGGAGGCGCCAGGAGAAGAUGGACUCCAGCAGCAUGAAGCUGCAUGACUCACCCAUGCUCUCCUUCAACCGGCCGCCCAUGCCCGCCAACGUGGGCCCCAUGACUAACUCCCUCCCGCUGGACCCCUGGCUGACCUCCCCGCUAUCCAGCGGCACGCCCAUGCACAGCAUGCCGGGGUUCAUGGGACCCGCCCAGGGCCUGCAGCCCGUCUACCCCACCCACAGCUUCCUCAACACGCCCCCGGCCAUGCCGCAGAGCAUGCAGCCCCUGGCCCCGCCCCCUUACCAGUGCCCUGCCCCUUACACCGACAAGUACCCGCUGGAGGAUGCGGACCAGCGAAGCUCGAGCAUCGCCUCUCUGAGGAUGAAGGCCAAGGAGCACCUCCAGUCCAUGGAUAAGACCUGGCAGCCCAUGUGA